UCUGCUCCAAGCAGAACCGUAUAUCUAGGCAACGUCCCCCCUGAAAUUACUCCCGAAGAAUUGCUUGACCAUGUUAGAAGUGGAAUCAUCGAAAGCGUUCGCAUAUUACCCUCGAAAAUGUGCGCCUUCAUCUCUUUUAUAGACGAAUCUUCUGCUCUUCUCUUUCACUCAGACGCCAUCCUAAAAAGAUUAACCAUUAAAAACAACGAUAUCAGAAUUGGCUGGGGUAAAAGCACCCCUAUAACUCCCGCCGUUUUAAACGCUAUACAAAGAGAUGGUGCUACAAGAAACGUUUAUCUAGGUCUCUUACCUCACGAUAUCACUGAAAAUGACUUGAAAAACGAUCUCAUCAAAUUCGGCCAAAUCGACACCAUAAAAAUCCUCCCCGAUAAAGGCGUAGCCUUUGUUCAUUUCCUAUCAAUCCUAAGCGCUGUCAGAGUCGUUCAACAAUUGCCUCUAGAAGAAAAAUAUGUCAACAGAAAAGUCUUUUACGGUAAAGAUCGUUGUGCUUUCAUUACAAAGACUCAACAGCACAAUGCUGCUCAAUUCUUAGGUCUCGCUCCAGGCAUGGAACACUUGGUUACUGCCGCUGAUAGAGACUUUAUUUCAAAUGCCCUAGUCCAACAAUCUGCUGCCGCUGCUGCUAUAGCCACUAGUGCCGGUGGUGCCAACAAUUUGGGCAACAGAACUGUCUACUUGGGUAACCUACAUCCUGACUCCUCAAUUGAAGAAAUUUGUAACGUUGUUAGAGGCGGUUUACUACAAAAUAUAAGAUAUCUCAACGAACGUCAUGUUUGUUUUAUAACUUUCAUUGAUCCAAUUGCUGCUGCUCAAUUUUUUGCAAUGUGUCAUCUACAUGGUCUAACAAUUCAUAACAGAAGAAUUAAAGUAGGUUGGGGCAAGCAUUCUGGUCCUUUACCAAACCCAAUCGCUCUAGCGGUUUCUAGUGGUGCUUCAAGAAAUAUUUACAUUGGUAAUAUUGAAAAAGAUCUAGAAACGGUUUAUUCAGAAGCAAAAUUAAGAAAGGAUUUCAGCAAAUUUGGCGAAAUCGAACAAAUCAACUUCUUGCCUGAAAAGAAAUGUGCUUUUGUUAACUUUACCAACAUAGCCAAUGCAAUUAAAGCAAUCGAUGGUAUUAAAACAAAUAACGACUUUAAAAACUUUAAAAUUAACUACGGUAAAGAUCGUUGUGGAAAUAUGCCACGUCAAUUUCAAAUUCAAAAUUCA